GACAGACAGAGAAGGAAGGAGUGAAAAGUGUGUAGGGGAAGCUAUGGCUUGGCAGUUUUUACUUGCGACAGUCUGUGCUGAGCGUUAGAUUGGAAUAAAAAAGUAUAUAAAAUGCAGAAGCUUUGGUUUUAGUCUUAUCGAUUCAAAACUUGUUAUAAUAAAUGAUUAUUGCCUUAUCGAUCGACGACUUGACACUUGCUUGAGAGGGCUUAAUUCGGAUCAAUGGGAAUCUGCUCCUUUCUCCUGUACCUCGACGACUCGAGUCUGCCUCUGCCUCUGCCUCUGCCUCUGCCUCUUGUUAAUUGUGAUUCAAAAAGGGGAAAGCUUUACAUUGAUUCCUCCCAAUUCCCAACUGUUCUUUGACUCCUGCGAUUCGUCUUUCCUGAGUCCUGAGUCUCCUGACUGCGGUGGGCGAGCCAGCGACCGGAGAGGGACAGAGAGUUAGAGAUAGAAAGAGAAGCGCAACAUUCGACGGUUCCUAUGAUCGACGGAAUGACCUCUAUGUCAGAAUGGUUAGGGCUCGUUCUGCGGAUUUUCCCAUUUCGAUUUUUGAACUUUUCCGAGUGUUAUAGUAACUGAGAGGCAGGGAGGAACAGCGGCAGAGCAUUUGAUUUUGUCGUCUCUUGAAAGGUAUUCUUGUUUGAUGCAACAAUCCUAGUGUGUAUCAGUUCGAGUCGUUUGGACUAUCUUCAAGUUAUCUUUUGCAUUACUCUUUUAAUGUGGUAGUCAACAACAAGGGGAAAGUUUAAUCUGUUGGGUUUGAUGGGAUUUUGAAAUUUGCCUCAUGGUCACUUUAGCUUGCAGAAAGGUUGUGGGACUGUUGACGUGAUACAAAUUUUUUCAUUCUUUUGGCUGUUUCUUUACUGUAAGGAUAGUUCCAUUUAGUUUGUACUUAUUGCCAUGACCAACAAGUUUUCCAUCAAUUGAACAGUGUGGAGUUGAUUUCUGAUUACUUAACUAGAUCUGAACUUUGUUUUCUUUGGGCAUAACCUCCCAUCAUAUACUUGACUAUUCAUUUAGAAUGGCUACAAGUGAAGUGUCAAACAAUGUUCACGAUCAUGGGACACCUGUCGAUGAAAAGAAGAAGAGAGUCAGAUGCAACUACUGUGCCAAAGAAGUGAGUGGUUUCAGCCGCCUUAAGCAGCACUUAGGAGGCAUACGUGGUGAUGUAUUACCCUGUCAAGAAGUACCGGUAGAUGUGAAGGUUCAAAUGAAAAACAGCUUACUUGCAAGAAAGAAAGGAGAUCUGAGUAGGGAAGUUGACACACUUUACCACCCGGAUCUUCCAUGGAGGAGGAACUGGUGUCCUAAGACUACCAUUGACAACCAUUGCCAAGGUGAAUCUGCCCAAAACAGUGUUUUGGGAAAGAGACAGCAUGUUGCAAUGGACUCUAUGCAAGAGGAAGGCCCGGAAGAGGUUAUCCACCGAAGGGGAGAUUCACUUCCUGUCCCUAAGGGUGAAGAUGGCACACAGAACUUGUCAAGGAAUGCUCAGAGGUCCAUUGGCAGAUUCUUUUAUGAAACUGGCCUUGAUUUCAAUGCAGCCAAGUUGCCUAGCUUCCGGAGAAUGAUAAAUGAUAUUCUGGGUAGUGCUGUUAUUGCCUAUAAUAUGCCCAGUUCUCAGGAUCUUAAAGGGUGGAUCCUUUGGGAGGAGGUGAAAGAGAUUCACCAGUAUGUUAAGGAGGUCAGACGUUCAUGGGGAAGUACGGGGUGUAGCAUUUUGUUGGAUGGCUGGACUGAUGAGAAGGGCCGGAACCUGGUUAACUUUAUUGUGGAUUGUCCACGUGGCCCUAUAUUUCUGAGGUCUGCCAAUGUUUCAGGUUCUGUUGGGGAUGUAAAUGCUUUACAGUCAAUAAUUGAUAACAUUAUAGAGGAAGUCGGGUUAGAGAAUGUCGUUCAAAUUGUCACGUACACUACAUCAGGUUAUAUGGAGGAUCUUGGCAAACUGUUGAUGGAGAAAUAUAGGACUAUAUUUUGGACUGUAUGUGCAUCUCAUUGCAUAGACUUGAUGAUAGAGAAGAUUGGGAGGAUGAUUCCCAUUAAAGAAGUAUUGUGCAAGGCAAAAUUUAUUACGAAGUUUGUUUACAGUCAUGCAACCAUUUUGAUGCUUUUGAGAGACCAUACUUAUGGGCAAGACCUAGUUAAGACCUCGAGGAUCAAAUCUGCAAUGCCCUUUUUAACAUUGGAGAGUAUUGUAUCCCAAAAGGAGAAUUUAAAGAAUAUGUUCACUUCAGCUGCAUGGAAAACUUCGAUUUGGGCUUCUAAAAGUGAAGGAAAAAGGGUAGCUAAAUUGGUGGAGGACCCCUCGUUCUGGAGUGAUGCUAGGAUGGCUUUGAAAGCAGCUGUUCCACUUUUGCGUGCUGUCUCUCUGAUUGAUGGAAGAGAUCAUAAACCCCAAGUGGGUUACAUAUAUGAAACAAUGGAUCAAGCUAAGGAGACAAUAAAAGAAGAAUUUAAAGGCAAGAAAACAAUGUAUAAGCCUUUCUGGGAACUUAUUGAUGGGGUUUGGGACAACCAUCUUCAUAGUCCUCUCCAUUCAGCAGGUUACUUUCUGAACCCAAGUCUCUUUUAUUCAAGUGAUUUCUUUGCUGAUGCUGAGGUGGCUAGUGGGCUUUUGUGCUGUAUUGUCCGUUUGGUGGAGGAUCGAAAUAUCCAGGAUUUGAUAUCAUUGCAGCUGGAUGAGUAUCGACAUGCUAGGGGUCCUUUUGGUCAGGGGAGUGCAAUUGAUCAAAGAACAAAGAUUUCUCCAGCUUUAUGGUGGUCUUCUUUCGGAGGGAAUUGCCCUGAACUGCAGAGAUUUGCCAUCCGAAUUCUUAGUCAGACAUGUACUGCUGCAUUGAGAUAUGAGCUGAAGAGGGAUUUGCCUGAGAAGCUGCACACAAAUGGAAGGAACUGUAUAGAGCAAAGGCGAUUGGAUGAUCUGAUAUUUGUUCAUUAUAAUCUCCGGUUGUGGAAUUUCAUGUCAGACACAAAUGGGGAUAACAGUAAUAUUGUGGUUGAUGAGGUUGACCCAAUGAAUGAUUGGGUUGUGGAGGGGACUCAAAAUAUAGCUUCUCAAAUUGACGACUCAGCUUGGAUGGAUUUUGAUUUUGGGGACAGGGACAUCCCCCCGAGUUUUUUUAACGAGGAAGAACCUUCUAUUUUUCUUCCAAAAGAAGAGUUUUGAGAUGGCAUGGUAUUGAAAAUGGACGGAGACAGGACUGUGGUAACUGAAGUGACGUGUGGAUGGAGUUGGGGAAUUACUUCUGCUGGAUAGCUGCUUGCGAUUGCGAACAAAUUCUCUUUUUAGUCAUUUACCUGUUUAGCAUCUCUAGGUAAGUUUUUUACUUUUAUCCUUUAUACAACUUGCUGAAAGCAAGUGGCAGUGUACAUUUUCAGGACAAAUAGGUGAUAAUAAGGUUUUUUUUUUUUUUUUUUUUUU